AUGAUUCUGAUCAGAUCAAUUCGUGCGGGUCGACGUUCAAUUGGGUCGUCGUCAUUGUAUUCCACCUCUUCGUCGGCAUCAUUCUCAUCAGCUGCGUCCAUUGAAGCAGAGAGGACUAUCAGAGAAGGACCCAGAAACGAAUGGUCCAGGGACGAGAUCAAGUCCAUCUAUGACUCUCCUCUUCUCGAUCUCCUGUUCCAUGGAGCUCAAGUGCAUAGACAUGCUCACAACUUCAGGGAAGUGCAGCAGUGUACUCUUUUAUCUAUCAAGACGGGUGGAUGCAGUGAGGAUUGUUCAUAUUGUCCUCAGUCCUCCAGAUAUGACACUGGAUUGAAAGCGCAAAGGCUUAUGAACAAGGAUGCUGUUAUGGAGGCGGCAAAGCAGCACUAG